UAAUAGCGACCAUACUUUUUGGCUCCUUCCUACGAUCGUGCUGUCAGAAUUACUAAAUGUUUGAUAUCCAGUAGCUGAUGAUUAAUAAAUCAAUGUGUUCUUGUGGUGUCGUUAAACAAAAUAAACUUUAGCUUUGUUUACAUGAAUCAUAAAAUAAACUCAGUCCGGUGCUGUUUUAAAUAAGACGAAUCGAUCCAGUGUUACGGUCCGGAUUUUAGACAAGAACGAAAACUGUUUCCGCUGACGUUUCCGUCGUUUGUCCACAAAGUGUCGCAAUGAUUCGCCGCAUUCGGUUAAAGAAUGUGGACAACGCUAUACUUAUUCUUUGUUCUUUAGGACUGGCAGUGUCUGCGUACGCACUGCAUGUUGAAAUAGCGAAGGAAAGGGAUCAUUCAUUUACCGCAAUGUGCGACUUUAGUGAAACCGUAAGCUGUUCAAAAGUGUUCACGUCAAGGUACGGCCGAGGGUUUGGUCUCGUGGAUAGAAUCUUCUCAAAGGACAGUAUACUGAACCAGCCUAACAGUGUGUUUGGGAUAAUCUUCUACCUACUUCAGGCAGUUCUUGUGCUGAGCCCGUCCCUGACAGGUGCCUCUGUUCAGUUUUUCACAGCCAUCCUCUCCAAUGCUGGGUCUAUCUACCUGAGCUGCAUUCUGUACUUCGUGCUACAAGACUUGUGUGUGGUGUGUGUGACUACCUAUAUCAUCAACUUCAUCUUGUUAAUGUGUUCAUACAUCACAUACAAACAGGCACUGACUGGUAGCAAAAAGAAACACAGCUGAAAUAGUGUUAAGACAGAUUUGUGUUUGAAGGAUUCCAACCAUCUUCUUGGAUCUGUCCAGAACAUGAACAGGAAAAUGAAUAGGAAAGAUGUCUCGUCCCCAGGAGUGGCAUUUUGCCUAGAGACAAAGCACCGAGCGUGCUUCUUUGUGACUGUUGUAAUCUUGUCAACUGGUAACUGAACAUUGUAAUCUUGUCAGCUGGUAACUGAACAUUGUAAUCUUGUCAGCUGGUAACUGAACACUGUAAUCUUGUCAUCUGGUAACUGAACACUGUAAUCUUGUCAGCUGGUAAUUGAACACUGUAAUCUUGUCAGCUGGUAACUGAACACUAAUCUUGUCAGCUGGUAACUGAACACUGUAAUCUUGUCAGCUGGUAACUGAACACUGUAAUCUUGUCAGCUGGUAACUGAACACUGUAAUCUUGUCAUCUGGUAACUGAACACUGUAAUCUUGUCAGAAUAUGCUUUUGUCUUUGCUUUAUGCAGAGAUAUAAAAAAUGUAUGGGCCAAAGUUACGAAGCCUGUUUCUCUUAAAUGCAAGUGUUUAACUUUAAGUAUAGUAAAUGUAUGUAGUUACACACAUGUAAGUCUAAAAUGCAAGUGUUUAACUUUAAGUAUAGUAAAUGUAUGUAGUUACACACAUGUAAGUCUAAAAAGUUUUGUAAAUUUGGCUCUAUAAGUUUAAUUGUGAUAAUCGUCUUCUUUCUCAGGUUUGUUCUACUGGAACACUGUUAAUGGCACCUAAUAACAUUGAUCAAUGGGGGUUUUUCCAUAUAGUUUUAUAUUAUCAAUGUCGAUGUUUAGAAACAUGGAUAUAUCUGUUGUUUUUGCUUGUAAAAUUUAAAACUGAUCAUGGGAAAGGGGAGGCAAUUUUUGGUUAUGCUUACCACCCACAAUUUAAAAUUUUAAAUCAAGUAUGCAUAGAGAAAUCAUGUAGCAGAAUCAUUGGGCAUAAAAUAUUAAAGUUUUCUUUUGUACAUUGACUUAUUAAUCAUCGGCUAUUGUAUUUCAAACAUUUGGUAAUUCUGACAUAGUUUUAUAGAGGAACCCUACUACAUUUUUCCAUUAGUAACA